GCCCCCGCCCCGCAGGCUCUCCCUCCCGGGCCCGGGCCCCUCCCCGCCCCCGGCUCACCGCCGCCCUCCCGCCAGUGUCUCCCCUGCGGCCCCGGGGGCAAAGGCCGCUGCUUCGGGCCCAGCAUCUGCUGCGGGGACGAGCUGGGCUGCCUCGUGGGCACGGCCGAGGCGCUGCGCUGCCAGGAGGAGAGCUACCUGCCGUCGCCCUGCCAGUCGGGCCAGAAGCCGUGCGGGAGCGGGGGCCGCUGCGCCGCCGCCGGCAUCUGCUGCAAUCCGGACGGCUGCCGCGGCGACCCCGCCUGCGACCCCGAGGCCGCCUUCUCCCAGCUCUGAGACCCGCCGGCCCCCGACACCGUCGGAGCGCAGCCCUCGCUCCCUCCGUAGCCACCCCCAGGAAUUAUGACUAUUAAAUAAAGCAGAUUUUUUCCCC